AUGUCUUUGAGAAACAAGAGGUCUUCUUCAUCUCUUGCGCCCACAUCACGUCAAAGUCUACUUACACAGGCCGAUUAUUCUUCGUCAGUCGGAGACAAGCAACCAUCAAUUGACCACAAGAUAGAAAAGCAGAUAAAACGAGUUUCGACACUAUUUCAUAGAUCUAAGACCGAAGAUGGGACGUUCACCUCAACAAAUAGUGGCCAUCAGAGUAACUCCUCAAACCUAGCAAUGAGUUCUGAUAGCCCAGAGAUACCAUUGCCCCAAUCGCUAACCAGUAAUAGUCUUUAUUCUUUAAAGAAUACAUCAAGUGGAACAUUAGUUAGUAGGCAACAGAGCUUGGAUACUCAUUUUAACAAUGGCCAUGGUAUAAAUAACGUGGAGUUCACCAAUAUACGGAAUGGACCUGAGUUUUACGACGGUUCAGACUCAAUCAACUCUCCUAGUUCUGCUAGUUUUGUGGAUAAGACUAGGGACACUAAAUUUGGGAGGUUUUUAACUAAAACAGGAAACAAAGUGAAAAAGUUUUCGGACAUGAGCGGUGAUCAACUUAAUCUCGGUCUUGGUUUACACGGUCACGGGGGUUUGGGCCAUAAUCACAGUUACAGCUAUAAUCAUAAUCAUAGCCAUAACCAUAGCCAUGGGUUUCCGGAAUUGAACCUUCAGGGCUCGUUUAUGUCUGUUGGAUCAAACAAUAAGGAUCUCAAAUCUCCAAUUACGCGUGGUUUCAAAGGUGAUCAAAAAUUAUCUUUUGGGGAAAAAUUGAAGCUUUUGAACUCGACAAAGUACAAAAACUACCAUUACCACAAUAUACUAAGGAACAAGAAGGAAUCGUUAAAAAAUGGCAUUAAGCUUGGAUCUAAAAACAAUGAUCUCGCUCAUGGACAUGACCAUAACAAUAUUAUGGCUGGAACCUCAUAUGCGCUUUACGACAUCAACUAUAUUGAAAUUGAGAGGAUGAUUGCCAAUGAUGUGUUGAACUUCGAGCAGUGUGAUCAAUACUGUAAGUUCCUAUACGACCGGCUUCAAAAUCUAUUAAUGCCUUUGUUUAGGGGAGAGUCUUUGCAGUCUUCCUUGGAAGAUAUUACGAAAUUGGUUAGCUUAUAUGUGAGACUUCGGAAAGCAGAGGAAGGAGGAGUAAGAGAAAGUGAAAAAGUUUAUAAAAGUACAGACACUAUGGCAGGAGUAAUGAGCAGUGGUAACAACAGCACCAACAAAAAUAAUAAGAACAUGAAUUCGAGUUUUGGUAUUGGACAUUCUCAGUCACAGAACUCAUUGAACUCUUUCAAAGAAUCUGAUGAGUAUGAUACCCCAUUCAUGAAACCCAGUGCCACAUUUGCCAGUUCCCCAAUGACGACUGAGUUGAAUUCGCCAACUGCCUUUUCCCCGCUUAUAAAGAUGCAGUCCGCAUCAUUUAUCGCGAUUUCUAAGGUGUUAGAAGAUGUGAAUGAAAUUAUAAAGCAUGGAAUGGCUGUUAUGAUCAAUCAGCUUUACUACGAUGAGGCUAAUGAUACCGUAAGAUUUAUUAAGGGUAACAAUCCCGUGUUACGCAAGCGAAAAAACACUAUACAGUACGCCAAUGACGAGGGUAUGGAUAACCUGCACUACACACCAACAUCAAGCACUUUCAACAGUAACUCGAUGGCUAGCAAUGCACACAUCUUCAAUGGUAGUAACAAUAACGACAAUGACAAUAGUAACGGAGUCAACAAUGGCAAUAUGGGCAGAUCCUCUAACUCUUUGUACGCCAUGGAUAUGGGCAUCAAUUCUUCCACAAAAAGUGUGACAGAGUUCCCCGUUCUGACUCCAACCCACACGUUCAACUCGUAUGAUAUCAGGCAAGGAGAUCCGUGGGACAGCGUCAAUGAUCCUUACAACGGGUACGGGCACGAUCUCAAUGACGACAAUGAUAUACUUAACCUCAGCUCCUUACCUAUAGGCAAAUUUGAGAAAUGCACCGGCAUACUAUGGGACAUGUUCCAAAGAAACAUACUGUUUGAUCUUACAAGCAUCAUGUUGCCCGUUGAACUUGAGUUUGCCAACGGCCAUCGUGAUAUCAGCAAGAUUCACAACAGAGCCAACUCGAUCUUGUACAAUCGUGGGGAACAAAUGGUCAGCUUCACAAACACGAUGGUGUACCCAAAUAUCAGCAACUUUGGAAAGGGAGAGAGUGGGGCUGGUAACAGCAUCAUCGGCAGUCUUGGCGAGUGGGGCGAUAUCAACAUCCGCAACGUGCUUCUCGUCGGGUUCCGCGAUUACGUCGUCAUCCCGCUCUACGAGAUGAACCGACAGUUCGAGGACGUGGAGGGUGUGGGUGUAGAUAUGGAGCAGCGGACCGUUCCUGGAGACAGGACAGGCCAUGGUGCUAAGCCGGUCACGUCAGCCACUGCCACGGCCUCUAAGAACGACGUGAAGCUGAGUGUCAAAUCGGCCAGUGGCAGCAGCAGCCUCAUACAGGAGUACACCGAUGCAUGUGUGUUGCUGCAGUGCUUCAGGCUUGUCAGCAGCGUUGGCACAAACGAUACGAAUCAGAAACUUGUCGAGAACCUGCUUGUCCAGAUGCGGGACAAGUGCCGCCGUUACGAGAGUGCAGUCUCCGAGGAUUAG